AUGGACGAUUAUGAUGGUGAGACAGAUAAUAUGUCCCGUAACAAUGGAAUAACGAAAGUAGAUGUGGCUAUUAAUGUCGGCAAUACUUCAGAUAAUGAGCUUGCUCUUUUAGUUCGGUACUCGCCGAUGUGCAAUAGUUUGGAGAACAAUAUGACGAUGAAAGCGUCGCGCUUGCCACAAAUUUGCACUUUUUUGGAAUCAUUGAAGGAAAAACAUCAAUACUAUAUGGAAAAGAGAGCUGGGCUUGAAACCAGAACCAGACAACAGUAUCUUAUUUUGAAAAAUUCGGUAGAAUCUCUGAAAAUAGAAAUAUCGGCUUUGAGGGUCUUAACUUCGGAAAUGGAUGUCACGAUCCCUGACUUACGUGAGGACACAGAAAGGGUGGAGAAUGGUAUCCAAUGUAUAUUAUUAGAAAAGGACAGGCUAGGGAUUGCCCUAAAAAAACAUCAUACAGGAGUGAAUGCAGGAAUGCAACAGCUCAAGAGGAAUUACUGGGCCUCAAAUUUACGUAUUGUACACAACCUGCUCGCGAUGGAAACCUCGACAAAAGAGGGCGAUCUAUUGCUAACCUUUCGCUAUUCGCCACAACCAAAUUGUUGCCAAGGUGCUUUUAUAACACUGCGGACGAUUAACCAUAGAAUUGAAGGCAUCUCAUGUCUUCCUAUGGUUGAAAAUUUUUAUAAGCAUGUCGAUGAACUUAACAAUGGCCUGAGCCUCGGAUUAUUCAUUUGCCAUAUUAGAAAAUAUUUAAAGGAACUAUUUUAG